AUGAGUCCUGACGUCACGGAAGAAACUCGUGUUUUGAAGGGCCAUCCCCGCCAAGCACCUCAGGAGGAGGCUUCUCUCAGCAAUAGGCUCAAGACGUAUGCCACCUUUCCAGAAGCACCUCAGGAGGAGGCUUCUCUCAGCAAUAGGCUCAAGACGUAUGCCACCUUUCCAGAAACACCUCAGGAGGAGGCUUCUCUCAGCAAUAGGCUCAAGACGUAUGCCACCUUUCCAGAAGCACCUCAGGAGGAGGCUUCUCUCAGCAAUAGGCUCAAGACGUAUGCCACCUUUCCAGAAACACCUCAGGAGGAGGCUUCUCUCAGCAAUAGGCUCAAGACGUAUGCCACCUUUCCAGAAGCACCUCAGGAGGAGGCUUCUCUCAGCAAUAGGCUCAAGACGUAUGCCACCUUUCCAGAAGCACCUCAGGAGGAGGCUUCUCUCAGCAAUAGGCUCAAGACGUAUGCCAACUUUCCAGAAGCACCUCAGGAGGAGGCUUCUCUCAGCAAUAGGCUCAAGACGUAUGCCACCUUUCCAGAAGCACCUCAGGAGGAGGCUUCUCUCAGCAAUAGGCUCAAGACGAAUGCCAACUUUCCAGAAGCACCUCAGGAGGAGGCUUCUCUCAGCAAUAGGCUCAAGACGUAUGCCACCUUUCCAGAAGCACCUCAGGAGGAGGCUUCUCUCAGCAAUAGGCUCAAGACGUAUGCCACCUUUCCAGAAGCACCUCAGGAGGAGGCUUCUCUCAGCAAUAGGCUCAAGACGUAUGCCACCUUUCCAGAAACACCUCAGGAGGAGGCUUCUCUCAGCAAUAGGCUCAAGACGUAUGCCAACUUUCCAGAAGCACCUCAGGAGGAGGCUUCUCUCAGCAAUAGGCUCAAGACGUAUGCCACCUUUCCAGAAGCACUUCAGGAGGACGCUUCUCUCAGCAAUAGGCUCAAGACGUAUGCCACCUUUCCAGAAGCACCUCAGGAGGAGGCUUCUCUCAGCAAUAGGCUCAAGACGUAUGCCACCUUUCCAGAAGCACCUCAGGAGGAGGCUUCUCUCAGCAAUAGGCUCAAGACGUAUGCCACCUUUCCAGAAGCACCUCAGGAGGAGGCUUCUCUCAGCAAUAGGCUCAAGACGUAUGCCACCUUUCCAGAAACACCUCAGGAGGAGGCCUCUCUCAGCAAUAGGCUCAAGACGUAUGCCAACUUUCCAGAAGCACCUCAGGAGGAGGCUUCUCUCAGCAAUAGGCUCAAGACGUAUGCCACCUUUCCAGAAGCACCUCAGGAGGAGGCUUCUCUCAGCAAUAGGCUCAAGACGAAUGCCAACUUUCCAGAAGCACCUCAGGAGGAGGCUUCUCUCAGCAAUAGGCUCAAGACGUAUGCCACCUUUCCAGAAGCACCUCAGGAGGAGGCUUCUCUCAGCAAUAGGCUCAAGACGUAUGCCACCUUUCCAGAAGCACCUCAGGAGGAGGCUUCUCUCAGCAAUAGGCUCAAGACGUAUGCCACCUUUCCAGAAACACCUCAGGAGGAGGCUUCUCUCAGCAAUAGGCUCAAGACGUAUGCCAACUUUCCAGAAGCACCUCAGGAGGAGGCUUCUCUCAGCAAUAGGCUCAAGACGUAUGCCACCUUUCCAGAAGCACCUCAGGAGGACGCUUCUCUCAGCAAUAGGCUCAAGACGUAUGCCACCUUUCCAGAAGCACCUCAGGAGGAGGCUUCUCUCAGCAAUAGGCUCAAGACGUAUGCCACCUUUCCAGAAACACCUCAGGAGGAGGCUUCUCUCAGCAAUAGGCUCAAGACGUAUGCCAACUUUCCAGAAGCACCUCAGGAGGAGGCUUCUCUCAGCAAUAGGCUCAAGACGUAUGCCACCUUUCCAGAAGCACUUCAGGAGGACGCUUCUCUCAGCAAUAGGCUCAAGACGUAUGCCACCUUUCCAGAAGCACCUCAGGAGGAGGCUUCUCUCAGCAAUAGGCUCAAGACGUAUGCCACCUUUCCAGAAGCACCUCAGGAGGAGGCUUCUCUCAGCAAUAGGCUCAAGACGUAUGCCACCUUUCCAGAAGCACCUCAGGAGGAGGCUUCUCUCAGCAAUAGGCUCAAGACGUAUGCCACCUUUCCAGAAACACCUCAGGAGGAGGCCUCUCUCAGCAAUAGGCUCAAGACGUAUGCCAACUUUCCAGAAGCACCUCAGGAGGAGGCUUCUCUCAGCAAUAGGCUCAAGACGUAUGCCACCUUUCCAGAAGCACCUCAGGAGGAGGCUUCUCUCAGCAAUAGGCUCAAGACGAAUGCCAACUUUCCAGAAGCACCUCAGGAGGAGGCUUCUCUCAGCAAUAGGCUCAAGACGUAUGCCACCUUUCCAGAAGCACCUCAGGAGGAGGCUUCUCUCAGCAAUAGGCUCAAGACGUAUGCCACCUUUCCAGAAGCACCUCAGGAGGAGGCUUCUCUCAGCAAUAGGCUCAAGACGUAUGCCACCUUUCCAGAAACACCUCAGGAGGAGGCUUCUCUCAGCAAUAGGCUCAAGACGUAUGCCAACUUUCCAGAAGCACCUCAGGAGGAGGCUUCUCUCAGCAAUAGGCUCAAGACGUAUGCCACCUUUCCAGAAGCACCUCAGGAGGACGCUUCUCUCAGCAAUAGGCUCAAGACGUAUGCCACCUUUCCAGAAGCACCUCAGGAGGAGGCUUCUCUCAGCAAUAGGCUCAAGACGUAUGCCAACUUUCCAGAAGCACCUCAGGAGGAGGCUUCUCUCAGCAAUAGGCUCAAGACGUAUGCCACCUUUCCAGAAGCACCUCAGGAGGAGGCUUCUCUCAGCAAUAGGCUCAAGACGUAUGCCACCUUUCCAGAAGCACCUCAGGAGGAGGCUUCUCUCAGCAAUAGGCUCAAGACGUAUGCCACCUUUCCAGAAGCUCCUCAGGAGGAGGCUUCUCUCAGCAAUAGGCUCAAGACGUAUGCCACCUUUCCAGAAGCACCUCAGGAGGAGGCUUCUCUCAGCAAUAGGCUCAAGACGUAUGCCACCUUUCCAGAAACACCUCAGGAGGAGGCUUCUCUCAGUAAUAGGCUCAAGACGUAUGCCACCUUUCCAGAAGCACCUCAGGAGGAGGCUUCUCUCAGCAAUAGGCUCAAGACGUAUGCCACCUUUCCAGAAGCACCUCAGAAGGAGGCUUCUCUCAGCAAUAGGCUCAAGACGUAUGCCACCUUUCCAGAAGCACCUCAGGAGGAGGCUUCUCUCAGCAAUAGGCUCAAGACGUAUGCCACCUUUCCAGAAGCACCUCAGGAGGAGGUUUCUCUCAGCAAUAGGCUCAAGACGUAUGCCACCUUUCCAGAAACACCUCAGGAGGAGGCUUCUCUCAGCAAUAGGCUCAAGACGUAUGCCAACUUUCCAGAAGCACCUCAGGAGGAGGCUUCUCUCAGCAAUAGGCUCAAGACGUAUGCCACCUUUCCAGAAGCACCUCAGGAGGAGGCUUCUCUCAGCAAUAGGCUCAAGACGUAUGCCACCUUUCCAGAAACACCUCAGGAGGAGGCUUCUCUCAGUAAUAGGCUCAAGACGUAUGCCACCUUUCCAGAAGCACCUCAGGAGGAGGCUUCUCUCAGCAAUAGGCUCAAGACGUAUGCCACCUUUCCAGAAGCACCUCAGGAGGAGGCUUCUCUCAGCAAUAGGCUCAAGACGUAUGCCACCUUUCCAGAAACACCUCAGGAGGAGGCUUCUCUCAGCAAUAGGCUCAAGACGUAUGCCAACUUUCCAGAAGCACCUCAGGAGGAGGCUUCUCUCAGCAAUAGGCUCAAGACGUAUGCCACCUUUCCAGAAGCACCUCAGGAGGAGGCUUCUCUCAGCAAUAGGCUCAAGACGUAUGCCACCUUUCCAGAAGCACCUCAGGAGGAGGCUUCUCUCAGCAAUAGGCUCAAGACGUAUGCCAACUUUCCAGAAACACCUCAGGAGGAGGCUUCUCUCAGUAAUAGGCUCAAGACGUAUGCCACCUUUCCAAAAGCACCUCAGGAGGAGGCUUCUCUCAGCAAUAGGCUCAAGACGUAUGCCACCUUUCCAGAAGCACCUCAGGAGGAGGCUUCUCUCAGCAAUAGGCUCAAGACGUAUGCCAACUUUCCAGAAACACCUCAGGAGGAGGCUUCUCUCAGUAAUAGGCUCAAGACGUAUGCCACCUUUCCAAAAGCACCUCAGGAGGAGGCUUCUCUCAGCAAUAGGCUCAAGACGUAUGCCACCUUUCCAGAAGCACCUCAGGAGGAGGCUUCUCUCAGCAAUAGGCUCAAGACGUAUGCCACCUUUCCAGAAGCACCUCAGGAGGAGGCUUCUCUCAGCAAUAGGCUCAAGACGUAUGCCACCUUUCCAGAAGCACCUCAGGAGGAGGCUUCUCUCAGCAAUAGGCUCAAGACGUAUGCCACCUUUCCAGAAGCUCCUCAGGAGGAGGCUUCUCUCAGCAAUAGGCUCAAGACGUAUGCCACCUUUCCAGAAGCACCUCAGGAGGAGGCUUCUCUCAGCAAUAGGCUCAAGACGUAUGCCACCUUUCCAGAAGCACCUCAGGAGGAGGCUUCUCUCAGCAAUAGGCUCAAGACGUAUGCCACCUUUCCAGAAGCACCUCAGGAGGAGGCUUCUCUCAGCAAUAGGCUCAAGACGUAUGCCACCUUUCCAGAAGCACCUCAGGAGGAGGCUUCUCUCAGCAAUAGGCUCAAGACGUAUGCCACCUUUCCAGAAGCUCCUCAGGAGGAGGCUUCUCUCAGCAAUAGGCUCAAGACGUAUGCCACCUUUCCAGAAGCACCUCAGGAGGAGGCUUCUCUCAGCAAUAGGCUCAAGACGUAUGCCACCUUUCCAGAAGCACCUCAGGAGGAGGCUUCUCUCAGCAAGAGGCUCAAGACGUAUGCCACCUUUCCAGAAGCACCUCAGGAGGAGGCUUCUCUCAGCAAUAGGCUCAAGACGUAUGCCACCUUUCCAGAAGCACCUCAGGAGGAGGCUUCUCUCAGCAAUAGGCUCAAGACGUAUGCCACCUUUCCAGAAGCACCUCAGAAGGAGGCUUCUCUCAGCAAUAGGCUCAAGACGUAUGCCACCUUUCCAGAAGCACCUCAGGAGGAGGCUUCUCUCAGCAAUAGGCUCAAGACGUAUGCCACCUUUCCAGAAACACCUCAGGAGGAGGCUUCUCUCAGCAAUAGGCUCAAGACGUAUGCCAACUUUCCAGAAGCACCUCAGGAGGAGGCUUCUCUCAGCAAUAGGCUCAAGACGUAUGCCACCUUUCCAGAAGCACCUCAGGAGGAGGCUUCUCUCAGCAAUAGGCUCAAGACGUAUGCCACCUUUCCAGAAGCACCUCAGGAGGAGGCUUCUCUCAGCAAUAGGCUCAAGACGUAUGCCAACUUUCCAGAAACACCUCAGGAGGAGGCUUCUCUCAGUAAUAGGCUCAAGACGUAUGCCACCUUUCCAGAAGCACCUCAGGAGGAGGCUUCUCUCAGCAAUAGGCUCAAGACGUAUGCCACCUUUCCAGAAGCACCUCAGGAGGAGGCUUCUCUCAGCAAUAGGCUCAAGACGUAUGCCACCUUUCCAGAAGCACCUCAGGAGGAGGCUUCUCUCAGCAAUAGGCUCAAGACGUAUGCCACCUUUCCAGAAGCACCUCAGGAGGAGGCUUCUCUCAGCAAUAGGCUCAAGACGUAUGCCACCUUUCCAGAAGCACCUCAGGAGGAGGCUUCUCUCAGCAAUAGGCUCAAGACGUAUGCCACCUUUCCAGAAGCACCUCAGAAGGAGGCUUCUCUCAGCAAUAGGCUCAAGACGUAUGCCACCUUUCCAGAAGCACCUCAGGAGGAGGCUUCUCUCAGCAAUAGGCUCAAGACGUAUGCCACCUUUCCAGAAGCACCUCAGGAGGAGGCUUCUCUCAGCAAUAGGCUCAAGACGUAUGCCACCUUUCCAGAAGCACCUCAGGAGGAGGCUUCUCUCAGCAAUAGGCUCAAGACGUAUGCCACCUUUCCAGAAGCACCUCAGGAGGAGGCUUCUCUCAGCAAUAGGCUCAAGACGUAUGCCACCUUUCCAGAAGCACCUCAGGAGGAGGCUUCUCUCAGCAAUAGGCUCAAGACGUAUGCCACCUUUCCAGAAGCACCUCAGGAGGAGGCUUCUCUCAGCAAUAGGCUCAAGACGUAUGCCACCUUUCCAGAAGCACCUCAGGAGGAGGCUUCUCUCAGCAAUAGGCUCAAGACGUAUGCCACCUUUCCAGAAGCACCUCAGAAGGAGGCUUCUCUCAGCAAUAGGCUCAAGACGUAUGCCACCUUUCCAGAAGCACCUCAGGAGGAGGCUUCUCUCAGCAAUAGGCUCAAGACGUAUGCCACCUUUCCAGAAGCACCUCAGGAGGAGGCUUCUCUCAGCAAUAGGCUCAAGACGUAUGCCACCUUUCCAGAAGCACCUCAGGAGGAGGCUUCUCUCAGCAAUAGGCUCAAGACGUAUGCCACCUUUCCAGAAGCACCUCAGGAGGAGGCUUCUCUCAGCAAUAGGCUCAAGACGUAUGCCACCUUUCCAGAAGCACCUCAGGAGGAGGCUUCUCUCAGCAAUAGGCUCAAGACGUAUGCCACCUUUCCAGAAGCACCUCAGAAGGAGGCUUCUCUCAGCAAUAGGCUCAAGACGUAUGCCACCUUUCCAGAAGCACCUCAGGAGGAGGCUUCUCUCAGCAAUAGGCUCAAGACGUAUGCCACCUUUCCAGAAGCACCUCAGGAGGAGGCUUCUCUCAGCAAUAGGCUCAAGACGUAUGCCACCUUUCCAGAAGCACCUCAGGAGGAGGCUUCUCUCAGCAAUAGGCUCAAGACGUAUGCCACCUUUCCAGAAGCACCUCAGGAGGAGGCUUCUCUCAGCAAUAGGCUCAAGACGUAUGCCACCUUUCCAGAAGCACCUCAGGAGGAGGCUUCUCUCAGCAAUAGGCUCAAGACGUAUGCCACCUUUCCAGAAGCACCUCAGGAGGAGGCUUCUCUCAGCAAUAGGCUCAAGACGUAUGCCACCUUUCCAGAAGCACCUCAGGAGGAGGCUUCUCUCAGCAAUAGGCUCAAGACGUAUGCCACCUUUCCAGAAGCACCUCAGAAGGAGGCUUCUCUCAGCAAUAGGCUCAAGACGUAUGCCACCUUUCCAGAAGCACCUCAGGAGGAGGCUUCUCUCAGCAAUAGGCUCAAGACGUAUGCCACCUUUCCAGAAGCACCUCAGGAGGAGGCUUCUCUCAGCAAUAGGCUCAAGACGUAUGCCACCUUUCCAGAAGCACCUCAGGAGGAGGCUUCUCUCAGCAAUAGGCUCAAGACGUAUGCCACCUUUCCAGAAGCACCUCAGGAGGAGGCUUCUCUCAGCAAUAGGCUCAAGACGUAUGCCACCUUUCCAGAAGCACCUCAGGAGGAGGCUUCUCUCAGCAAUAGGCUCAAGACGUAUGCCACCUUUCCAGAAGCACCUCAGGAGGAGGCUUCUCUCAGCAAUAGGCUCAAGACGUAUGCCACCUUUCCAGAAGCACCUCAGAAGGAGGCUUCUCUCAGCAAUAGGCUCAAGACGUAUGCCACCUUUCCAGAAGCACCUCAGGAGGAGGCUUCUCUCAGCAAUAGGCUCAAGACGUAUGCCACCUUUCCAGAAGCACCUCAGGAGGAGGCUUCUCUCAGCAAUAGGCUCAAGACGUAUGCCAACUUUCCAGAAGCACCUCAGGAGGAGGCUUCUCUCAGCAAUAGGCUCAAGACGUAUGCCACCUUUCCAGAAGCACCUCAGGAGCAGGCUUCUCUCAGCAAUAGGCUCAAGACGUAUGCCACCUUUCCAGAAGCACCUCAGGAGGAGGCUUCUCUCAGCAAUAGGCUCAAGACGUAUGCCACCUUUCCAGAAGCACCUCAGGAGGAGGCUUCUCUCAGCAAUAGGCUCAAGACGUAUGCCACCUUUCCAGAAGCACCUCAGGAGGAGGCUUCUCUCAGCAAUAGGCUCAAGACGUAUGCCACCUUUCCAGAAACACCUCAGGAGGAGGCUUCUCUCAGCAAUAGGCUCAAGACGUAUGCCAACUUUCCAGAAGCACCUCAGGAGGAGGCUUCUCUCAGCAAUAGGCUCAAGACGUAUGCCACCUUUCCAGAAGCACCUCAGGAGGAGGCUUCUCUCAGCAAUAGGCUCAAGACGAAUGCCAACUUUCCAGAAGCACCUCAGGAGGAGGCUUCUCUCAGCAAUAGGCUCAAGACGUAUGCCACCUUUCCAGAAGCACCUCAGGAGGAGGCUUCUCUCAGCAAUAGGCUCAAGACGAAUGCCAACUUUCCAGAAGCACCUCAGGAGGAGGCUUCUCUCAGCAAUAGGCUCAAGACGUAUGCCACCUUUCCAGAAACACCUCAGGAGGAGGCUUCUCUCAGCAAUAGGCUCAAGACGUAUGCCAACUUUCCAGAAGCACCUCAGGAGGAGGCUUCUCUCAGCAAUAGGCUCAAGACGUAUGCCACCUUUCCAGAAGCACCUCAGGAGCAGGCUUCUCUCAGCAAUAGGCUCAAGACGUAUGCCACCUUUCCAGAAGCACCUCAGGAGGAGGCUUCUCUCAGCAAUAGGCUCAAGACGUAUGCCACCUUUCCAGAAGCACCUCAGGAGGAGGCUUCUCUCAGCAAUAGGCUCAAGACGUAUGCCACCUUUCCAGAAGCACCUCAGGAGGAGGCUUCUCUCAGCAAUAGGCUCAAGACGUAUGCCACCUUUCCAGAAACACCUCAGGAGGAGGCUUCUCUCAGCAAUAGGCUCAAGACGUAUGCCAACUUUCCAGAAGCACCUCAGGAGGAGGCUUCUCUCAGCAAUAGGCUCAAGACGUAUGCCAACUUUCCAGAAGCACCUCAGGAGGAGGCUUCUCUCAGCAAUAGGCUCAAGACGUAUGCCACCUUUCCAGAAGCACCUCAGGAGGAGGCUUCUCUCAGCAAUAGGCUCAAGACGUAUGCCACCUUUCCAGAAGCACCUCAGGAGGAGGCUUCUCUCAGCAAUAGGCUCAAGACGUAUGCCACCUUUCCAGAAGCACCUCAGAAGGAGGCUUCUCUCAGCAAUAGGCUCAAGACGUAUGCCACCUUUCCAGAAGCACCUCAGGAGGAGGCUUCUCUCAGCAAUAGGCUCAAGACGUAUGCCACCUUUCCAGAAACACCUCAGGAGGAGGCUUCUCUCAGCAAUAGGCUCAAGACGUAUGCCAACUUUCCAGAAGCACCUCAGGAGGAGGCUUCUCUCAGCAAUAGGCUCAAGACGUAUGCCAACUUUCCAGAAACACCUCAGGAGGAGGCUUCUCUCAGUAAUAGGCUCAAGACGUAUGCCACCUUUCCAGAAGCACCUCAGGAGGAGGCUUCUCUCAGCAAUAGGCUCAAGACGUAUGCCACCUUUCCAGAAGCACCUCAGGAGGAGGCUUCUCUCAGCAAUAGGCUCAAGACGUAUGCCACCUUUCCAGAAGCUCCUCAGGAGGAGGCUUCUCUCAGCAAUAGGCUCAAGACGUAUGCCACCUUUCCAGAAGCACCUCAGGAGGAGGCUUCUCUCAGCAAUAGGCUCAAGACGUAUGCCACCUUUCCAGAAGCACCUCAGGAGGAGGCUUCUCUCAGCAAUAGGCUCAAGACGUAUGCCACCUUUCCAGAAGCACCUCAGGAGGAGGCUUCUCUCAACAAUAGGCUCAAGACGUAUGCCACCUUUCCAGAAGCACCUCAGGAGGAGGCUUCUCUCAGCAAUAGGCUCAAGACGUAUGCCACCUUUCCAGAAGCACCUCAGGAGGAGGCUUCUCUCAGCAAUAGGCUCAAGACGUAUGCCACCUUUCCAGAAACACCUCAGGAGGAGGCUUCUCUCAGCAAUAGGCUCAAGACGUAUGCCACCUUUCCAGAAGCACCUCAGGAGGAGGCUUCUCUCAGCAAUAGGCUCAAGACGUAUGCCACCUUUCCAGAAGCACCUCAGGAGGAGGCUUCUCUCAGCAAUAGGCUCAAGACGUAUGCCACCUUUCCAGAAGCACCUCAGGAGGAGGCUUCUCUCAGCAAUAGGCUCAAGACGUAUGCCACCUUUCCAGAAGCACCUCAGGAGGAGGCUUCUCUCAGCAAUAGGCUCAAGACGUAUGCCACCUUUCCAGAAACAGCUCAGGAGGAGGCUUCUCUCAGCAAUAGGCUCAAGACGUAUGCCACCUUUCCAGAAACAACUCAGGAGGAGGCUUCUCUCAGCAAUAGGCUCAAGACGUAUGCCACCUUUCCAGAAGCACCUCAGGAGGAGGCUUCUCUCAGCAAUAGGCUCAAGACGUAUGCCACCUUUCCAGAAACACCUCAGGAGGAGGCUUCUCUCAGCAAUAGGCUCAAGACGUAUGCCAACUUUCCAGAAGCACCUCAGGAGGAGGCUUCUCUCAGCAAUAGGCUCAAGACGUAUGCCACCUUUCCAGAAACAACUCAGGAGGAGGCUUCUCUCAGCAAUAGGCUCAAGACGUAUGCCACCUUUCCAGAAGCACCUCAGGAGGAGGCUUCUCUCAGCAAUAGGCUCAAGACGUAUGCCACCUUUCCAGAAACACCUCAGGAGGAGGCUUCUCUCAGCAAUAGGCUCAAGACGUAUGCCAACUUUCCAGAAGCACCUCAGGAGGAGGCUUCUCUCAGCAAUAGGCUCAAGACGUAUGCCAACUUUCCAGAAGCACCUCAGGAGGAGGCUUCUCUCAGCAAUAGGCUCAAGACGUAUGCCACCUUUCCAGAAGCACCUCAGGAGGAGGCUUCUCUCAGCAAUAGGCUCAAGACGUAUGCCAACUUUCCAGAAGCACCUCAGGAGGAGGCUUCUCUCAGCAAUAGGCUCAAGACGUAUGCCACCUUUCCAGAAGCACCUCAGGAGGAGGCUUCUCUCAGCAAUAGGCUCAAGACGUAUGCCACCUUUCCAGAAGCACCUCAGGAGGAGGCUUCUCUCAGCAAUAGGCUCAAGACGUAUGCCACCUUUCCAGAAACACCUCAGGAGGAGGCUUCUCUCAGCAAUAGGCUCAAGACGUAUGCCACCUUUCCAGAAGCACCUCAGGAGGAGGCUUCUCUCAGCAAUAGGCUCAAGACGUAUGCCAACUUUCCAGAAGCACCUCAGGAGGAGGCUUCUCUCAGCAAUAGGCUCAAGACGUAUGCCACCUUUCCAGAAGCACCUCAGGAGGAGGCUUCUCUCAGCAAUAGGCUCAAGACGUAUGCCACCUUUCCAGAAGCACCUCAGGAGGAGGCUUCUCUCAGCAAUAGGCUCAAGACGUAUGCCACCUUUCCAGAAGCACCUCAGGAGGAGGCUUCUCUCAGCAAUAGGCUCAAGACGUAUGCCACCUUUCCAGAAGCACCUCAGGAGGAGGCUUCUCUCAGCAAUAGGCUCAAGACGUAUGCCACCUUUCCAGAAGCACCUCAGGAGGAGGCUUCUCUCAGCAAUAGGCUCAAGACGUAUGCCACCUUUCCAGAAGCACCUCAGGAGGAGGCUUCUCUCAGCAAUAGGCUCAAGACGUAUGCCACCUUUCCAGAAGCACCUCAGGAGGAGGCUUCUCUCAGCAAUAGGCAACACCAGAGAUGCCCCGAGAACACUGUCCCAAGUCUAGAGGACCACCAACUUCAGCACAGCAACUCGAGGAAUGCUCUGUGUACCCCAAAUCGUCUCGAGAUGAGAGCUGAUUCCCUGCUUAGGCUCAAGACGUAUGCCACCUUUCCAGAAGCACCUCAGGAGGAGGCUUCUCUCAGCAAUAGGCUCAAGACGUAUGCCAACUUUCCAGAAGCACCUCAGCAGGAGGCUUCUCUCAGCAAUAGGCUCAAGACGUAUGCCAACUUUCCAGAAGCACCUCAGGAGGAGGCUUCUCUCAGCAAUAGGCUCAAGACGUAUGCCACCUUUCCAGAAGCACCUCAGGAGGAGGCUUCUCUCAGCAAUAGGCUCAAGACGUAUGCCACCUUUCCAGAAGCACCUCAGGAGGAGGCUUCUCUCAGCAAUAGGCUCAAGACGUAUGCCACCUUUCCAGAAGCACCUCAGGAGGAGGCUUCUCUCAGCAAUAGGCUCAAGACGUAUGCCACCUUUCCAGAAGCACCUCAGGAGGAGGCUUCUCUCAGCAAUAGGCAACACCAGAGAUGCCCCGAGAACACUGUCCCAAGUCUAGAGGACCACCAACUUCAGCACAGCAACUCGAGGAAUGCUCUGUGUACCCCAAAUCGUCUCGAGAUGAGAGCUGAUUCCCUGCUUAGGCUCAAGACGUAUGCCACCUUUCCAGAAGCACCUCAGGAGGAGGCUUCUCUCAGCAAUAGGCUCAAGACGUAUGCCAACUUUCCAGAAGCACCUCAGCAGGAGGCUUCUCUCAGCAAUAGGCUCAAGACGUAUGCCAACUUUCCAGAAGCACCUCAGGAGGAGGCUUCUCUCAGCAAUAGGCUCAAGACGUAUGCCACCUUUCCAGAAGCACCUCAGGAGGAGGCUUCUCUCAGCAAUAGGCUCAAGACGUAUGCCAACUUUCCAGAAGCACCUCAGGAGGAGGCUUCUCUCAGCAAUAGGCAACACCAGAGAUGCCCCGAGAACACUGUCCCAAGUCUAGAGGACCACCAACUUCAGCACAGCAACUCGAGGAAUGCUCUGUGUACCCCAAAUCGUCUCGAGAUGAGAGCUGAUUCCCUGCUUAGGCUCAAGACGUAUGCCACCUUUCCAGAAGCACCUCAGGAGGAGGCUUUUCUCAGCAAUAGGCUCAAGACGUAUGCCAACUUUCCAGAAGCACCUCAGGAGGAGGCUUCUCUCAGCAAUAGGCUCAAGACGUAUGCCAACUUUCCAGAAGCACCUCAGGAGGAGGCUUCUCUCAGCAAUAGGCUCAAGGCGUAUGCCAACUUUCCAGAAGCACCUCAGGAGGAGGCUUCUCUCAGCAAUAGGCUCAAGACGUAUGCCACCUUUCCAGAAGCACCUCAGGAGGAGGCUUCUCUCAGCAAUAGGCUCAAGAAGUAUGCCACCUUUCCAGAAGCACCUCAGGAGGAGGCUUCUCUCAGCAAUAGGCUCAAGACGUAUGCCACCUUUCCAGAAGCACUUCAGGAGGAGGCUUCUCUCAGCAAUAGGCUCAAGACGUAUGCCACCUUUCCAGAAGCACCUCAGGAGGAGGCUUCUCUCACCAAUAGGCUCAAGACGUAUGCCACCUUUCCAGAAGCACCUCAGGAGGAGGCUUCUCUCAGCAAUAGGCUCAAGACGUAUGCCACCUUUCCAGAAGCACUUCAGGAGGAGGCUUCUCUCAGCAAUAGGCUCAAGACGUAUGCCACCUUUCCAGAAGCACUUCAGGAGGAGGCUUCUCUCAGCAAUAGGCUCAAGACGUAUGCCACCUUUCCAGAAGCACCUCAGGAGGAGGCUUCUCUCAGCAAUAGGCUCAAGACGUAUGCCACCUUUCCAGAAGCACCUCAGGUGGAGGCUUCUGUCAGCAAUAGGCUCAAGACGUAUGCCACCUUUCCAGAAGCACCUCAGGAGGAGGCUUCUCUCAGCAAUAGGCUCAAGACGUAUGCCACCUUUCCAGAAGCACCUCAGGAGGAGGCUUCUCUCAGCAAUAGGCUCAAGACGUAUGCCAACUUUCCAGAAGCACCUCAGGAGGAGGCUUCUCUCAGCAAUAGGCUCAAGACGUAUGCCACCUUUCCAGAAGCACCUCAGGAGGAGGCUUCUGUCAGCAAUAGGCUCAAGACGUAUGCCACCUUUCCAGAAGCACCUCAGGAGGAGGCUUCUCUCAGCAAUAGGCUCAAGACGUAUGCCAACUUUCCAGAAGCACCUCAGGAGGAGGCUUCUCUCAGCAAUAGGCUCAAGACGUAUGCCAACUUUCCAGAAGCACCUCAGGAGGAGGCUUCUCUCAGCAAUAGGCUCAAGACGUAUGCCACCUUUCCAGAAGCACCUCAGGAGGAGGCUUCUGUCAGCAAUAGGCUCAAGACGUAUGCCACCUUUCCAGAAGCACCUCAGGAGGAGGCUUCUCUCAGCAAUAGGCUCAAGACGUAUGCCACCUUUCCAGAAGCACCUCAGGAGGAGGCUUCUCUCAGCAAUAGGCUCAAGACGUAUGCCACCUUUCCAGAAGCACUUCAGGAGGAGGCUUCUCUCAGCAAUAGGCUCAAGACGUAUGCCACCUUUCCAGAAGAACCUCAGGAGGAGGCUUCUCUCAGCAAUAGGCUCAAGACGUAUGCCAACUUUCCAGAAGCACCUCAGGAGGAGGCUUCUCUCAGCAAUAGGCUCAAGACGUAUGCCACCUUUCCAGAAGCACCUCAGGUGGAGGCUUCUGUCAGCAAUAGGCUCAAGACGUAUGCCACCUUUCCAGAAGCACCUCAGGUGGAGGCUUCUGUCAGCAAUAGGCUCAAGACGUAUGCCACCUUUCCAGAAGCACCUCAGGAGGAGGCUUCUCUCAGCAAUAGGCUCAAGACGUAUGCCACCUUUCCAGAAGCACCUCAGGAGGAGGCUUCUCUCAGCAAUAGGCUCAAGACGUAUGCCACCUUUCCAGAAGCACCUCAGGAGGAGGCUUCUCUCAGCAAUAGGCUCAAGACGUAUGCCAAAUUUCCAGAAGCACCUCAGGAGGAGGCUUCUCUCAGCAAUAGGCUCAAGACGUAUGCCAAAUUUCCAGAAGCACCUCAGGAGGAGGCUUCUCUCAGCAAUAGGCUCAAGACGUAUGCCACCUUUCCAGAAGCACCUCAGGAGGAGGCUUCUCUCAGCAAUAGGCUCAAGACGUAUGCCAACUUUCCAGAAGCACCUCAGGAGGAGACUUCUCUCAGCAAUAGGCUCAAGACGUAUGCCACCUUUCCAGAAGCACCUCAGGAGGAGGCUUCUCUCAGCAAUAGGCUCAAGACGUAUGCCAAAUUUCCAGAAGCACCUCAGGAGGAGGCUUCUCUCAGCAAUAGGCUCAAGACGUAUGCCACCUUUCCAGAAGCACCUCAGGAGGAGGCUUCUCUCAGCAAUAGGCUCAAGACGUAUGCCAACUUUCCAGAAGCACCUCAGGAGGAGACUUCUCUCAGCAAUAGGCUCAAGACGUAUGCCACCUUUCCAGAAGCACCUCAGGAGGAGGCUUCUCUCAGCAAUAGGCUCAAGACGUAUGCCAAAUUUCCAGAAGCACCUCAGGAGGAGGCUUCUCUCAGCAAUAGGCUCAAGACGUAUGCCACCUUUCCAGAAGCACCUCAGGAGGAGGCUUCUCUCAGCAAUAGGCUCAAGACGUAUGCCAACUUUCCAGAAGCACCUCAGGAGGAGGCUUCUCUCAGCAAUAGGCUCAAGACGUAUGCCAACUUUCCAGAAGCACCUCAGGAGGAGGUUUCUCUCAGCAAUAGGCUCAAGACGUAUGCCAACUUUCCAGAAGCACCUCAGGAGGAGACUUCUCUCAGCAAUAGGCUCAAGACGUAUGCCACCUUUCCAGAAGCACCUCAGGAGGAGGCUUCUCUCAGCAAUAGGCUCAAGACGUAUGCCAAAUUUCCAGAAGCACCUCAGGAGGAGGCUUCUCUCAGCAAUAGGCUCAAGACGUAUGCCAAAUUUCCAGAAGCACCUCAGGAGGAGGCUUCUCUCAGCAAUAGGCUCAAGACGUAUGCCACCUUUCCAGAAGCACCUCAGGAGGAGGCUUCUCUCAGCAAUAGGCUCAAGACGUAUGCCAAAUUUCCAGAAGCACCUCAGGAGGAGGCUUCUCUCAGCAAUAGGCUCAAGACGUAUGCCACCUUUCCAGAAGCACCUCAGGAGGAGGCUUCUCUCAGCAAUAGGCUCAAGACGUAUGCCAACUUUCCAGAAGCACCUCAGGAGGAGGCUUCUCUCAGCAAUAGGCUCAAGACGUAUGCCAACUUUCCAGAAGCACCUCAGGAGGAGGUUUCUCUCAGCAAUAGGCUCAAGACGUAUGCCAACUUUCCAGAAGCACCUCAGGAGGAGGCGUCUCUCAGCAAUAGGCUCAAGACGUAUGCCAACUUUCCAGAAGCACCUCAGGAGGAGGCUUCUCUCAGCAAUAGGCUCAAGACGUAUGCCAACUUUCCAGAAGCACCUCAGGAGGAGGCUUCUCUCAGCAAUAGGCUCAAGACGUAUGCCAACUUUCCAGAAGCACCUCAGGAGGAGGCGUCUCUCAGCAAUAGGCUCAAGACGUAUGCCAACUUUCCAGAAGCACCUCACGAGGAGGCUUCUCUCAGCAAUAGGCUCAAGACGUAUGCCAACUUUCCAGAAGCACCUCAGGAGGAGGCUUCUCUCAGCAAUAGGCUCAAGACGUAUGCCAACUUUCCAGAAGCACCUCAGGAGGAGGCUUCUCUCAGCAAUAGGCUCAAGACGUAUGCCAACUUUCCAGAAGCACCUCAGGAGGAGGCUUCUCUCAGCAAUAGGCUCAAGACGUAUGCCAACUUUCCAGAAGCACCUCAGGAGGAGGCUUCUCUCAGCAAUAGGCUCAAGACGUAUGCCAACUUCCCAGAAGCACCUCAGGAGGAGGCUUCUCUCAGCAAUAGGCUCAAGACGUAUGCCAACUUUCCAGAAGCACCUCAGGAGGAGGCUUCUCUCAGCAAUAGGCUCAAGACGUAUGCCAACUUUCCAGAAGCACCUCAGGAGGAGGCUUCUCUCAGCAAUAGGCUCAAGACGUAUGCCAACUUUCCAGAAGCACCUCAGGAGGAGGCUUCUCUCAGCAAUAGGCUCAAGACGUAUGCCAACUUUCCAGAAGCACCUCAGGAGGAGGCUUCUCUCAGCAAUAGGCUCAAGACGUAUGCCAACUUUCCAGAAGUACCUCAGGAGGAGGCUUCUCUCAGCAAUAGGCUCAAGACGUAUGCCAACUUUCCAGAAGCACCUCAGGAGGAGGCUUCUCUCAGCAAUAGGCUCAAGACGUAUGCCAACUUUCCAGAAGCACCUCAGGAGGAGGCUUCUCUCAGCAAUAGGCUCAAGACGUAUGCCAACUUUCCAGAAGCACCUCAGGAGGAGGCUUCUCUCAGCAAUAGGCUCAAGACGUAUGCCAACUUUCCAGAAGCACCUCAGGAGGAGGCUUCUCUCAGCAAUAGGCUCAAGACGUAUGCCAACUUUCCAGAAGCACCUCAGGAGGAGGCUUCUCUCAGCAAUAGGCUCAAGACGUAUGCCAACUUUCCAGAAGCACCUCAGGAGGAGGCUUCUCUCAGCAAUAGGCUCAAGACGUAUGCCAACUUUCCAGAAGCACCUCAGGAGGAGGCUUCUCUCAGCAAUAGGCUCAAGACGUAUGCCAACUUUCCAGAAGCACCUCAGGAGGAGGCUUCUCUCAGCAAUAGGCUCAAGACGUAUGCCAACUUUCCAGAAGCACCUCAGGAGGAGGCUUCUCUCAGCAAUAGGCUCAAGACGUAUGCCAACUUUCCAGAAGCACCUCAGGAGGAGGUUUCUCUCAGCAAUAGGCUCAAGACGUAUGCCAACUUUCCAGAAGCACCUCAGGAGGAGGCGUCUCUCAGCAAUAGGCUCAAGACGUAUGCCAACUUUCCAGAAGCACCUCAGGAGGAGGCUUCUCUCAGCAAUAGGCUCAAGACGUAUGCCAACUUUCCAGAAGCACCUCAGGAGGAGGUUUCUCUCAGCAAUAGGCUCAAGACGUAUGCCAACUUUCCAGAAGCACCUCAGGAGGAGGCGUCUCUCAGCAAUAGGCUCAAGACGUAUGCCAACUUUCCAGAAGCACCUCAGGAGGAGGCUUCUCUCAGCAAUAGGCUCAAGACGUAUGCCAACUUUCCAGAAGCACCUCAGGAGGAGGUUUCUCUCAGCAAUAGGCUCAAGACGUAUGCCAACUUUCCAGAAGCACCUCAGGAGGAGGCGUCUCUCAGCAAUAGGCUCAAGACGUAUGCCAACUUUCCAGAAGCACCUCAGGAGGAGGCUUCUCUCAGCAAUAGGCUCAAGACGUAUGCCAACUUUCCAGAAGCACCUCAGGAGGAGGUUUCUCUCAGCAAUAGGCUCAAGACGUAUGCCAACUUUCCAGAAGCACCUCAGGAGGAGGCGUCUCUCAGCAAUAGGCUCAAGACGUAUGCCAACUUUCCAGAAGCACCUCAGGAGGAGGCUUCUCUCAGCAAUAGGCUCAAGACGUAUGCCAACUUUCCAGAAGCACCUCAGGAGGAGGCUUCUCUCAGCAAUAGGCUCAAGACGUAUGCCAACUUUCCAGAAGCACCUCAGGAGGAGGCGUCUCUCAGCAAUAGGCUCAAGACGUAUGCCAACUUUCCAGAAGCACCUCACGAGGAGGCUUCUCUCAGCAAUAGGCUCAAGACGUAUGCCAACUUUCCAGAAGCACCUCAGGAGGAGGCUUCUCUCAGCAAUAGGCUCAAGACGUAUGCCAACUUUCCAGAAGCACCUCAGGAGGAGGCUUCUCUCAGCAAUAGGCUCAAGACGUAUGCCAACUUUCCAGAAGCACCUCAGGAGGAGGCUUCUCUCAGCAAUAGGCUCAAGACGUAUGCCAACUUUCCAGAAGCACCUCAGGAGGAGGCUUCUCUCAGCAAUAGGCUCAAGACGUAUGCCAACUUCCCAGAAGCACCUCAGGAGGAGGCUUCUCUCAGCAAUAGGCUCAAGACGUAUGCCAACUUUCCAGAAGCACCUCAGGAGGAGGCUUCUCUCAGCAAUAGGCUCAAGACGUAUGCCAACUUUCCAGAAGCACCUCAGGAGGAGGCUUCUCUCAGCAAUAGGCUCAAGACGUAUGCCACCUUUCCAGAAGCACCUCAGGAGGAGGCUUCUCUCAGCAAUAGGCUCAAGACGUAUGCCACCUUUCCAGAAGCACCUCAGGAGGAGGCUUCUCUCAGCAAUAGGCUCAAGACGUAUGCCACCUUUCCAGAAGCACCUCAGGAGGAGGCUUCUCUCAGCAAUAGGCUCAAGACGUAUGCCACCUUUCCAGAAACACCUCAGGAGGAGGCUUCUCUCAGCAAUAGGCUCAAGACGUAUGCCACCUUUCCAGAAGCACCUCAGGAGGAGGCUUCUCUCAGCAAUAGGCUCAAGACGUAUGCCACCUUUCCAGAAGCACCUCAGGAGGAGGCUUCUCUCAGCAAUAGGCUCAAGACGUAUGCCACCUUUCCAGAAGCACCUCAGGAGGAGGCUUCUCUCAGCAAUAGGCUCAAGACGUAUGCCACCUUUCCAGAAACACCUCAGGAGGAGGCUUCUCUCAGCAAUAGGCUCAAGACGUAUGCCAACUUUCCAGAAACACCUCAGGAGGAGGCUUCUCUCAGCAAUAGGCUCAAGACGUAUGCCACCUUUCCAGAAACACCUCAGGAGGAGGCUUCUCUCAGCAAUAGGCUCAAGACGUAUGCCACCUUUCCAGAAGCACCUCAGGAGGAGGCUUCUCUCAGCAAUAGGCUCAAGACGUAUGCCACCUUUCCAGAAGCACCUCAGGAGGAGGCUUCUCUCAGCAAUAGGCUCAAGACGUAUGCCACCUUUCCAGAAACACCUCAGGAGGAGGCUUCUCUCAGCAAUAGGCUCAAGACGUAUGCCAACUUUCCAGAAACACCUCAGGAGGAGGCUUCUCUCAGCAAUAGGCUCAAGACGUAUGCCACCUUUCCAGAAACACCUCAGGAGGAGGCUUCUCUCAGCAAUAGGCUCAAGACGUAUGCCACCUUUCCAGAAGCACCUCAGGAGGAGGCUUCUCUCAGCAAUAGGCUCAAGACGUAUGCCACCUUUCCAGAAGCACCUCAGGAGGAGGCUUCUCUCAGCAAUAGGCUCAAGACGUAUGCCACCUUUCCAGAAGCACCUCAGGAGGAGGCUUCUCUCAGCAAUAGGCUCAAGACGUAUGCCACCUUUCCAGAAGCACCUCAGGAGGAGGCUUCUCUCAGCAAUAGGCUCAAGACGUAUGCCACCUUUCCAGAAGCACCUCAGGAGGAGGCUUCUCUCAGCAAUAGGCAACACCAGAGAUGCCCCGAGAACACUGUCCCAAGUCUAGAGGACCACCAACUUCAGCACAGCAACUCGAGGAAUGCUCUGUGUACCCCAAAUCGUCUCGAGAUGAGAGCUGAUUCCCUGCUUAGGCUCAAGACGUAUGCCACCUUUCCAGAAGCACCUCAGGAGGAGGCUUCUCUCAGCAAUAG